AAUGGAAAUCAUCCAACUUAAAGCGACACCAAUAAGAGAAGAGGUCAAUGCUAAAAGUGCCAGCACCAGCAAAAACUCCACUUCACGACUCGAAGCGUUGCCUCGCUCCAAUGGAAGCUUUCAAUGUGUGUUUGAACCCGAAGAGGGCAACAGCAUGCGGUGCCAGCUCUCGAUUUUGCUGAUUGGCUUGGCGGUAGCCGCUGCCUUCCGGCUGCGUCGUCAGGUAAUUGCACCCACCUGGCUAAGGGAUCCAGUGCGACAGACGGCCUUGCAAGUUUCCAAGGUGGUAGUGACGCCGCAAAACCUGCGGGAAACGGCUGCCAUACGCACAACAAUACAAAAGGCCGUGCAAGAGGAUACUUAUGUGGUAGCUGCCCGUCCACCGCUGGAGCUUCGGACGUCACUUGGCAGCGGCAGCAUCUGGCCAAUGCCAGUGUCGUUUUCACCAACACCAUUCUUCCAACCAUGGAAUCUAACGCUGCCAAAUUUGGGCGCAUUCAACCUUUGGCCCGAAAUGGGCUAAGCCUCUUUGACAGAGUCGGAACUCGAAUUUAUUACUCGAGUGAUAAUAACAAUAUCAAAAGAUUAUGUCUAUCUAAUAUGUACAUGUGUAUAUACCAAGUAUACCUAGUAUUUCCGACACGCAGGCAAGCCCCUCAUCGAUCGAAUAUAUGCGGAAGCCUGAGCAACUUCGAGCUGCGCCUCUUGAGAAACUGAAAGGAUAGAUGAUUAGUGAUUAAGAUUGUUUAAAAAUUUAAUCAAACUGCAAGCACUAACUGGGAUGGUUUUUGAAUGGUUUUAUUGUUGUUUUCAAUCAAAUCAAACGAGGGAAUAGCAGCAUCAGAUUUUUUAGAGUGUCGGAUGAAAUUACUACAGUUUAAACAGUUUUUGAAAAUAUGUAUGUUACCUUUUCUCUGUCCUGAGACAAUUUCAAAUCUCUAAAACCGUUUUUGGCUGUACAAAACAUUUUAUUAAAUAAUUACUAUCCAUUUAGGUUUAGCUCUAUAAGCAAGCUCACUAGAUCCAUAAACAAAAAAAUUACACUAAAAUAUAUGUAUGUAUGUAUAUAGUAUAGUGUGUUGUAUGGGACCGCAAAUCAAAUUUAAUUGCAUAUGUAUAAAAUUCUUUUUGGGGAGAAACAAUUAUGGCGUGUUUAAUUUUGUGUUCUAUAACUAGACCAUGUAUGUACGUACUUCAUAUACAUAUACACUAUAGAGUAUCUACACGUACAUAUAUGCAUGUAUGUAUAUUAUUCCUAUACGCAAUAUAUCAUUUCAAAACAUUUCUUCGACAUGUGUUUUAUAAAUUUUGUUCCCUUUGUAAUAAAAAACGAAUUCUAACU